GUGGGGACUGCAUUGAUACUAAGCCAGGUGUUGAAGUCUUCUGUGUUUGUAACAUGGUCUCCAGCAGAGGACACUGAGCUGGUUCCUGGCUGAAUUUUUCUCAGCAUUGUGCCACCUUUUGUCCACAGAGGUACGUGGUUGUCUAAUAUGUGAACCUUCCUAAUGGUUUGGUUGCACAAGAGUCCAUAGAGUAUUUAUAUGAACAUCAUUGUAAUAUAUUGUUUAAAAGUCUUGUCCUCUACAGUAAAAGUAUUUUUUUUAAGCCUGGAUGAACCUCCCUGUCCCUCCCCAUGGACCAGGUACGAGCUGCAACCCAACACGGCACAGUCCUAUUACUACAUCUAAAAUUUCAUUGCAGUUUUAUUUAGGUUUUUGGCUCUUGAGACACAAGAUCUGUAAACGAAAAACAACAAGUUGCUGGUCCUCCUUCACGUUGCCAGGAAACAGCGGCUGCCCUGUGAUGUCAUGGCCGCGUAGCGUGAGCGCCAUGGUGACAUCCGAGAAUCUUCCCUUGGGAGUCUCAGUUGGUCACUUCCUUCCAGCUGGGGGUCCAGCAGGACAGUCUAGCUGCUAAGGUAGAUGGCUUCUACAGAAAAAAUUACCGAAACUGAGGAAAAAGAAUUUAAAAUGGAGCUUUCCUCAUCGGAAACUUCAUGUGAUUCUGUUCAGGCCACGGGAGUUGAUUCGUCAGGUUCAACUUCCUCUCUCCAUGAAGCCUGCGAGAAAAGAGCAGCUCAUGAUGCUGCCUUUGGACCUCCAGUAGAAGAGAGGUCUUUACAAACUUCGACUAAGCAACCCUGGUCUAAAGGAGACUGUGUGAACUGCUCUGAGGAGAGCUCUAGCAAAGGCAAUGCCCCCACAUGCUUUCGCUUUCUAAAGAGGCUCUGGGCUGUUACUGAAAGCAAUCGGUUUGAGUCCAUUUGGUGGGGUGACAAUGGAAAGUGCAUAGUGAUUAAUGAAGAUCUGUUUGAAGAGGAGGUGCUCGCAAGGAGAGACCGCCUGAAGAUUUUUGAAAGUGAGACCAUGAGAAGCUUCACUGAUCACCUCCGUCAGCACGGAUUCACCAGAAAGCUGGGGACUUUUCCAAAAUCGGGCUCGCGCAGUGACCUGCUAGCAGAAGAGGCAGCUAGGGAGUUUCACUUCUACUACAACCCAAAUUUUAGAAGGCACUUUCCAUAUCAACUAAUGAAGUACAAGCAAAGACUUGGUCCAAAAAAUCAAGCGCCAGCAGGAUUUUCGCCGGACAAGGAUUUGCGUGCGGGCCGCCAGAAAAGAAAACGACGUUUUGAGCUUACACUGGAAACCAUUCCCGAGGACGAGACCUGUGUGUUCACAGCAAGCCCAAGGAAGCGCCCUGCCCGGGCAGUCGCCCAAGUCAGACGUGCGUCUCCAUGGGCACGUACCGCUCCCUGCACCGCUCCCUGCAGCAGCAACGGGGGAGAAGCUCAGUCCUCCCAACACAUCCCUGUUGCUGCAGCCCGGCGGCCCUGGCGCGGCACCUCCCACCUCUCCAGCCGUGGUGGCUGCAGCCGCUGCUCCCUCUGUGCCAAGGCCACCCCAGUUCCAGGGUCCUCUGCUGACAAGCAAUCCUUGCAGUAAGAUAUUGAGCACUGAAGCCAUUUCCUUCAUUUUCCUAAUGAAUUCAAGAGUUAAACUAUUGAGGUCAGUAGCGGCAUUAGGUUCCAGAUGAUCUGAGAGAGAACUCAAAAUACUAGUUUUUUUUCUUCUGAUGUAUUGGGAAAAUAUACCCUUUUAGAAGUAGCGAGUGACAUAGAAUUUACCUUAGGAAAAAAAAAAAAAAAAAGCACUAUAACACUAUUCCUCUGUUUCAUGAAGAAAACAGGUUCAAGAUGGUUGUGUGAGUUGUAUAUGCUGCAAUCACCCAUCAAUUCUACUUCACAGUGGCGGUCUGUAAUGCCAAAUUUGAAGACAUCACUUCCCCAAAAUAUCUUUUUGCACCUGUUGGCUUUAGAAUGGCUUGGCUUCAGCCUUGUAUCUAGCUUUUUCCUAGAAACACAUGACUAAUGUCAGUUGAGGACCCGAAUUUAUUCAAUCUUCUCUCAGACAAAAAUCUUGCUGGCUUCCAGAAGACUGUCGUUGGCAUUGGGUGUGCAGUACUGUUCCCCUUCAGUAUGAAAAAGAGCAAUGCUUUUCAUUCACAAUAAAAUGUAACAAAAUAAAAUGUCUUUAAACAAA